AUGCGUAUUGUUGUUCUUUUGGUUUAUGUUGAUGAUAUUGUGAUCAUUGGUUCCGAUUCUGCUUUACUUGUCCAGCUCAAAACUUAUCUCUCAGCAUCUUUUCAUAUGAAAGAUCUUGGGUCUCUCACAUAUUUUUUCGGUCUUGAAGUGAGUCGUAGUCCUUCUGGUAUUUCACUCAAUCAACAUAAGUAUGCUAGUGACUUGGUGGCUAUCGUUGGACUACAUGAGGCUACUUCUGUUGAUACCCCCAUGGAAUUAAACGUCAAACUUCGCAAAAAGGAGGGUGACCUACAUGAUGAUCCCAGUUUAUACCGAAAGUUGGCAAUUCUCCUCAUCUUGCUACUUAUAGUGAUGCUUAUUGGGCUGGUUGUGCUGAUACACGUCGCUCCAUCACUGGUUGGUGCAUGUUCUUAA